AUGACACCAAACUCCCAAUUCGACGCGGGCGUAUCCCACCCAGAAGGCCAAUGCCCGUUCUGCGUAAUCGCAACAGAAUACCCUCCCUACGACCCCUCCAAACCCCCACAAGACGAAGGCGACAAUUCGACCCUCGACCCAAACCGCAUCCCCACGCCCGCCUUCGUCGUCCUCUCCACGCAUCUCCUCAUCGCCUUUCUCGACAUUCUCCCGCUAUCCCGCGGCCACCUUCUCCUCUGCCCGCGCGCCCACCGCCCGAAACUCACCGACGCCUCGCCCGACGAGUCGGCCGAGAUGGGCCGGUACCUGCGCGUGCUGUCCAACGCCCUGGCGCGCACGACGGGCGUGGAGGACUGGAACGUGGUGCAGAACAACGGAGCCGCGGCGGCGCAGGUCGUGAUGCACAUGCACUUCCACCUCAUUCCGCGACCCGAGAUCCGCGCGAGCGGGCGGUAUAGCGAGAGCUUCACCAUGUUUGGGCGGGGCCGGAGGGAGGAGCUGGACGAUGAGGACGCGGAGCAUUUUGCAAAGGAGUUGCGGGAGAACGUGGCUGAUAUCUUGAGGGAAGAGAAGCACAAGCCGAAACUUUGA